AUGGAAGAAUUCAAUGAUAUUGAGUUUUUAUUUGAUAUUUCAAGUCAGAUAAAAGAAUUCUAUGAGACCGCAGUCGUUUUUGUCACUAAGAAGGAUUACUCUGACCACAUAUUUACUGCUUUAUGUUCUAUUCGUGAAGCUUUACAGAAAGAAGACAAAAAUCGUACGCUUGAACUUAUCAUUGAUUAUCAUUUACACUGGUUACAUGCUGUUAGUGAUAUAGAAAAGUUUAAGAAAUCAACAGAACACGAUAUAACAAGAGAUGAUAUGUCUGAAUUAAUAAGUUAUACAGUAGAUGCUCUUGGUUAUCGCCUCAAACGCUAUCAAAACUACGUGGAAAGUCUUAUGCUUGACUUGAAACCUGAAGACCGAUCUAAAGUUCAGGCUGACUUAGAAAUAAUUAGUGAAAUGCAUUCAGAAGUAACUCAGUCACUCCUAGAAAAAGCUAAGAAAUUAAGGAGUUUGAAAUCAGACUUGGAUUUUUUCACAAAAUCAAAAGCUGAGGGAGAGGAAUUACUUAACUGGUUAGAUAAAAUAAAUGAUGGCUUAUCUAUGAAACUAUGCAAGUAUGUUAAUGUGCAUAUACCAAAACUUAGUGACGAUUUGACAAAGACUUUGCAACAGGUUGUGGAAGAACUUACUACGAAAAAAAGUGAAUCUGCUAAAAAUAUGCUAGAGGAGCUAAGAACAACAGGUAGAGAACUCGGUUCAAUGAUACACCUUACUACUGGGCACAGUCUAGAAAUGAAUAAAGUAUUUCAGAAAAUAGGUAUACUGGAUGACCGCAUUAAACGUUUAGAGACUGACACAGAUAAACCAUCUGCAGCUCUCAUGGCUUUGAAAAAUAAAAAAGAUUUUUUAGAACAAAGAAUGGUGUCGCUGGAAAAUUUAAAAACGAACCUAAGAAGUCUUAGAACAAAGACUGCCGUUCCCAUGGAUAAUGUACCUGAUGACGAAUUAUGUGUUUGUGAAGAUUUUUUUCAACUUAGAAUUUUUAAUCACAGUCUUCCGCAGGAAAAUCGGGAAACCUUAAUCACGGACCUAUGUAGUUUAUGGGAUGUUGCCGUGUUAGGGGAAAAGGGAGAUAAGUCUAUAAUUUCAAUAUUAAGUGCCGCUGAUAUAAAAGAGGAAUAUACUGAUGAACUUGGGACGUUCACUACAGAUGAACACGGUAGAAAACUAUAUAAAUUACCCGAUGAUGACACACUAUACCAGCUUAAUGAACGUAAUGAACUGGUCCCUGUGACUGAUGAUGCUGAUUGCGUUUAUUUUUAUGAUGAAUGUGGGCGCUAUUUCUUAGAUAAAAAUACAAGACAACGCGUUUACAAAGCUCAUGCAACUGCAAGUGAAUAUAUGAUGGAUUCUUUUGGGGUACUUUUAAAAGUGAAGGAGGAAAGGGAUGGUAUUACGUUUUAUUACGAUAACUAUGGGCGUUAUUAUAUAAAUGAAGAAGGCAAACAUAUUUAUCGCGAUGUAGACACGAUAAGCGAAUAUGAAAACGAUGGUUUAGGCAAUCUGGUACGUAUUCGUAGUCACUUAGAUUUAUUCGAACCUUGUCCAGGCGAUGCCCAUGUAACUGAAGACUGCAAGUAUUUAAAAGAUGCUGUAGGGAAAGCUUUGCGUUAUUGCAUUGGUCAGGUUUUGAUUCAUCAACCGGCCGAUCCAAUUAAGUAUUUGUCAAAAUGCCUUAUUAAAUAUAGAGAAAAUAUAGAGCAGAGAGAUAAACGAGCAAGAGAGCUAGAAGAAUUGAAUGCUGAACGGGAAAUUAUUGCUGCGGAGGAACGUGCUGCAGCAGAAAAAGCUGCAAUGGAAGCUGCGCUAAUGACACAAGGAGGCAGUGAAGCCAGUAUUGAUACAAACUUAUUGAAGUAUACUACUUUAUAUAGAGAUGAUGCUCUUUCUACUACAAAUUAA